UACUGAGGUGGGUUAAUUAUAAAUAUUUCCCGAGGACAGAGUUGGCCUUUUGCUGAUUUCUCUUUCUCUUUCUCUUUCUCUUUCUCUUUCUCUGUUGUUUUUGGUUUGGGAUUUCUCCCUGUUACUUACGUACUACUACAUACAUACCUUCCUUCCUUCCGUUUUCACUUGUUCGAAAGACAAGACAUUAUAUACAACAAUCAUGGAUUUCAUUAAGAACCUUGCCGAGGAGGUCAUCCAGUCCAAGUUCGGUGGCGGCGGUAGCAGCAGCGGUGGUGGUGGUGGUGGUGGUGCCUCCCAGAGCUAUGAGAGCGAGAGCUACAGUCGCCAGGAGAGCUAUGGUCGUCAAGAUGGCUACGGUCGUCAGGAAAGCUACGGUCGUCAGGAGAGCUAUGGUGGUGGUUACGGAAAUGAGGGGUAUGGUCGCCAGGAAGGCUAUGGCGGCGGCUACGGUAAUGAGGGCUACGGCCGUCAGGAAGGUUACGGUGGUGGCUACGGUGGCGGCUACGGUGGCCAGCAGCAACAGCAGCAGUAUGGCUACGAGUCUCGUCAGACGGAAUACUACAGCGAGCAGCAGCAGCAGGGCUCUAGCCACAGGGGUCGCAAUAUGGCCAUGGGGGUUGCCGGAGGUGUGCUUCUUGGUGGAGCGGCCGUUGUUGGGGGCGAGAUGAUUCACGACAAGUGGGAGGAAGAUAAGGAGGAUAUCAAGGAGGAUGUGGAGGAUUUCCCCGAGGAUGCGGCCAGGUGGACCGGCCGGAAGGUCGGUGAAGUGGAGGCCAUCCCGGAUCGCAUCGAGCAGGGAUGGGACAACGCCGUCGACGAUGUGGAAGAUAUUCCCGAGGAUGUGGCCGGAUGGGCCGGACGCAAGGUGGGCGAGGUGGAGCGUUUCGAUGAUAACAUGGACAAUGCAUAUGACGAGGGAAAGUAUGAGGGUCGCGAGGACUGGUAAUCUGGGGUUGACAUUGUCAUGUUGGAUAAGAACAGUGGGGGUUGGUAACCCGGAUAGUAAGAUUGUUUCAAAGAUCGAUAUCACAGUAGAGUAGACCUCAGUGGAAGAGAGAUGAGGCUGUUGUUCCCCGCACGUGGCCCGGACCUCGGCUGCGG